AUGACUGUGUCUUUGUUUGCCGCGGACAUGUAGAACAGAUUGUAUCAGCACUUCGAUGGUUUCUUCAUAUCCGGACAAACGUCAUAUCUACUCUUCUAAAAGGCUUAUGUGUAGUCAUGUAUGUCGUUCGGAGUCCAGAGGCCACGCACGAAGUUGUUCGUGCAGCCCACCUCCACCCGUAAUAGUUUGAAUCCGCUUGGCAUCUGCAUAAAAGCGGCACGGCUGAAUACACAUAGUGGUCUGGCUUCUCUUGUCAACUAACUCGAUCACUGCUACCCAAAUCUCAUCCGGAACCGUGGAGCCAGUCUACUCGCGUGACGAGUGCAUCGCAGCGAUUCGCGACUUCUAAUAGUUUCUGGGAAAGAUGUUCCUGGAUGUGCCCGCGUCCAUCAUCUACCCACCUCCCGGCGGAUGGCCAAACAUGACUCCCGAAGUCUCGGAUUCUCCAGGCAAAGAUCCAGAAGUCUGGAAGACUUCAGUGGACAAGCUGAAGGAGGGGAAAGAAGAAAGAGAAGAUUUGCUACUCGACACCGAGAGUGAAGAAUAUCAAUUUGGCGGCAAGAUUCCCAAAUACUGCGUCGGUCUUACGUACGCUCUCAACAUUAGCGAAUACGUAAUGCUGUUGAACGUCAGAACUGGGCUGGUACAUUUUAUGGACUGCCCAGAAGAGAUUUUGAAGGUGUGUGAUCCUCAGCCAUCACGUCUGGUGUAUCCUUUGGAGGGGGAAGCAAAGGCGGAACAAGACAGAGGCGUCCUUGUUGUACAUGAGGAAGAGGAUGACGCCGAAGCUUCGGACAACAACAACAACAGCGAACGCGAAACGCCUCCGACAUCCGACGAUGGUAGUGGCGACGAGGACGAUGAGCUGGAUGAUUCCGAUGAUGAUGAUGAGUCGAUAUUCGUGGAGUGGGGACCCUGCUGGCCGGUCCGUCACUUCUUCACCAUGUUGAAGAAUCACUUCAUUAAUCUGAACUUCAUUCCACAUAGCAGUCAGUAUAUCAUCAAGAUCUGGACGGAGCGAUACACGGAUCACGAACAGAUUCCUGAAGGUUUUGCAGAAUUUCUCCAGUCCAUUUAUCAUAAACACGGGUGGCCUGAUCUGGAAGUCUAUCAGAAAGCAGCGUGUUUGGCAGAGCUCGAGAUCGCGAUGGAAACUCAAUCUACCAAAUACUACAACCUCGAUCAGUACUUCCAGAACCGUGAAUACUAGACAAAGAGUUGGGAUAGAAGGACCGGAUAAUGCAGUAUUGGUCAAUGUUACCCAAACCGUUGAUCAGACUUGAGCAAUCCGAUAGCCUGGAGAUGAUUUUUUGGAAUGAUUGAUACAAGGCAGGAGGGUUUGAGAAGGCGCUCAGAUUGGCAAAGAAGGUGAAGGAACAUGCCGAAGCGGUGGUGGGCUCGGAGGUCAAGUUCAAGAUUCAUAUCAGGAAGGAUUGGGGAGCUCGCGAGUACGACUUUGUCGACCCGUAGGCCUCUCUGCUGUCAUGUUGAUAUUGUUCUGAUUUGUGUGUUGGAAG